AUGAGAUCUCUUGUGCAACAAGUUGCGAGAGGCUGCACAUGGUGUCGUAUCUACAAGGCUGUCCCAAAACCACCGGUAAUGGCUCCUCUUCCCCAGGAGCGAUUAGAACCGUUUGUGAGACCCUUCACGUAUGUUGGUUUGGACUAUUUUGGACCGGUGUUUGUCAAGGUGGGCCGAAGUCAGGCAAAGCGUUGGAUCGCGCUUUUCACAUGCCUAUCAAUCCGAGCCGUGCAUAUGGAGGUAGUGCAUAGUUUAUCCACGGAAUCGUGCAUCAUGGCCAUCCGAAGAUUCGUAUCUCGCCGUGGUUCGCCUGCUGUGUUCUUUUCGGAUAAUGGUACUUGCUUCCAAGGUGCCAGCAAACAACUGCUGGAAGAGAUAGCUGCUCGAAACGAAGAAAUAGCGUCUACCUUUACGAGUACUACAACAAAAUGGAAGUUCAUUCCCCCUGCUACUCCGCACAUGGGUGGUGUGUGGGAGCGCUUAGUCAGAUCAGUAAAAACAGCAAUCGGUUCGGCCCUGGAUCAUCCUCGUAAACCGAACGAUGAAACGCUAGAAACUAUAAUCUACGAGGCUGAAGCUUUAGUGAACUCUAGACCGCUUACGUACAUCCCGUUGGAGUCAGCAGACCAAGAGUCACUUACUCCCAAUCAUUUCCUUUUGGGCAGCUCUACAGGAAACAAAAUCGAACCAACAGAAAUCACUGGAUACGCUUCUCUGCGUAACAGUUGGAGAAUGGCUCAGCAUAUCGUGUGGGAGUUUUGGAAAAGGUGGAUAAAGGAAUAUCUGCCAGUUAUAACACGCCGGAGCAAGUGGUUCGAGGAAACUAAGGACUUGGUGGAAGGAGACCUGGUCCUUAUCGUGAACGGACCUGGAAGAGCUCAAUGGACUAGGGGACGAGUGGAGCAAGUAUUUGUUGGUGGUGAUGGAAGGGUUCGUCAAGCUAUGGUACGAACGUCGAACGGAAUAGUGCGGCGACCUGCCACGAGAUUAGCGGUGUUAGACGUCGAGAAAGAAGGUGAACCUACGAGACUUUAG